UUAUAAACUUCCAGCCAGUUCGACAAACUAAUCUAUCGUARAAAAAUUUAAGGAUUAAUUUACUUCUACAAUGGCGAAACCGAGGUCUGUAUCAAGGCUAGAAAGCUCAAGGCAAAUGCGAGAAGGAGGCGGAUUUCUUGUUCGUCGACCAAUCGGUGAUACAAUAAGGAACUGCGAUCCAUUCUUGAUGUUGGAUCAUUUAGGACCUGUGACUUAUGGGCCUGGUGAGGCUGUAGGUGCUCCAGAUCAUCCCCAUCGAGGGUUUGAGACUGUUACUUAUAUUAUAAAUGGUGAGACAAAGCACCAAGAUAGUGCUGGUAAUAGUGGGGUCCUCAAAGAUGGCUGGGUCCAAUGGAUGACUGCCGGUUCAGGCGUGGUUCACUCAGAGAUGCCAACGGAAGAGUUCUUGAAGAAGGGCGGUCCUAUGGAAGGAUUCCAACUGUGGGUGAACCUACCAGCGAAGGAUAAGAUGAUCAAGCCUAGAUAUCAGGAUACACCGGCUGAGAAAAUACCAGUUGUUAAAAGUCCUGAUGGUAAGACAACAGUUAAGGUCAUAGCAGGACAAAGCCUUGGAACUAAAGCCGUAAUAGAGACCAGAUCUCCUAUGUUGUACCUGGAUAUUCAUGUAGAACAGGGUCAAGAAUUUAACCAAGAGGUUCCAGACAAUUACAACGGGUUUGCGUACGUUUGGCGGGGAGCUGGAAAACUUGGUGAUACAAAAAUACAAGCCACUAUGGGCCAGGUAGCUCUUUUGGGUCCAGGAACGUCGUUUAAAAUCAAGGCAAACUCCAACAAAGACAUCCAUGUCCUGCUGAUUGCAGGUGUUCCUCUAAAGGAGCCUGUCGCUCAGCGAGGCCCAUUUGUAAUGAACACCUGGGAAGAAAUUGAAGAAGCCUUUUCGGAUUACUACACAGGAAAGCUGGGUGCAAUCGAGGGAUCUGAGGAGCGAUAUGCCAAAACAAAUGCUGCUGUUGCAAAGCAGAAAGCAACGGGAUCCUGGGAUAAAAAAUCAUAAUUAGAACUUCCAGCUUGUGUGUAUUGUUUUUGCAUUUUAGCACAUGUAUGUACCUUGGGUCUUUUAUAAGUUUAACAAACAAGGUGCAUUCUGGUCUAGCUUGGGUACAAACUCCAGUGUAUAUAGCCUGUAUAGUGGCAGAGAGAGGUUAGGACAGAGAGAUUGAGUGGAGAUGAGGAGGAAGUGUGAGCUACAUCAUGAAAGGCAAGAUAAACUUGAAGAUGUUUGUAUCCAAUCUACACCAGCAUGUACCAUGUUUCCUAGUGGCAGCACCCUGUGUUGGCCAUUGACCUUGUGUGUUACUUCUUUGUUUACUGGCAAGACUUGAGAAGGAGCAUCCAUGGCAAUGCAAUUUUAACAGUCUUAUAGCACCAACACAUACUCACUAGAGGUUUUGCUCCAUCACGUGACGGCAGCCAUGUUAGAUGGCAGGAACAAUACAACCGUUCUACAUGAGAAAGAAAUUCAAUUCCCAAGAGCAAAGGGAUUUUAUUGUUAUUUUAUUGGCAGCCCAAGCUGUAUUUUGGGCGCUAUGGUGCAAAACCUUGAUAUAAAAUACCUCUUUACCUUUGGAGUAAAUGUUUUUCCAUGUAUAGGAGUAGCAUUAUUCAUUUAUUUAUUAAUAAUAAGACAGCUAAUAAACAAAAUAAGAAUUCUGGGUUUCAGGUAAUUGUACAAAACAACCUGAUAUCAGGGUUCRUGCUGAGGUAAACACUUAAAAUUCAAGGACCCAAAAAUGAAUUUUCAAGGAGUAUGUUCAGCUAACUAUGCCAAGGUUUUACAUGGUGGUUGCACAUGGCCGACUUUCAGAUUUUCCAAUCUUUCUGACUAGAUCUAUUUUAGAACCAUGCAAGUAAUGAUCAAAGCAAAAAUUCAAGGAGUUUUCAAGGAGUUUAAGGAGUAGCACAAACCCUGUGAUAUAAAGGUAUCGGAACUUUUUCAAAAAAUCACUAUAGUGAAAAAGCAUCCUUUCAAAAUAUUGUAAAUAAAGUUAUGAAAUAACUAUUGUAAAUUGCACGUUCUGAUUGGUUGUGAGUGCGUGCUUUUUGAGAGMACACAGCAUGGGUGCRUACUUUUAGUUGCAUCAUUCUUAUCUAAAAUAACAGUUAUUGUAUUUGUAUUUUAUAAAAGAAAUAAAAAACUUGCUUGCUGUGCUGUGUGGAGUUAUAAAGCACUUGGGGAUUGGCAGAACACUCGAGAAGUGUUGAGAAGCACUCAGCUACGCGUCGUGCUUCUCCUAACGCUUCUCUCAUGCUCUGCCAGCCCCCAUGUGCUUUAUAGCUGCACACAGUAURCACACACGUUUUCAAUUUCUUCAUCAUUCUAAAAAAUAUACAACAUACUUUGUGUAUUUGGUUUAGUAGUAACCUAUUUUUAACCUAUUUAUUUGACAAAAAAAAUUUAAUAUUAAAUAUUUUGUUCAACACUGUA